AUGAGUUACGUCGCUAAAGGCAAAGACGACUAUAUUGAAGAAGCGCCAAAGGUUCAUCGUAUCCGUAUCACUUUGACUUCGCGCAAAGUGAAAGAACUCGAAAAAGUAUGCGCUGAUUUAAUCCAUCGCGCCAAAGAUAAGCAAUUGCGCGUAAAAGGUCCCGUACGUCUUCCCACAAAAGUAUUGCGUAUUACUACCCGCAAGUCCCCUUGUGGUGAAGGUUCAAAGACUUGGGAUCGUUAUGAGAUGAGAAUUCAUAAACGAUUGAUUGAUUUGCAUUCUCCCAGUGAAAUCGUUAAGCAAAUUACUUCUAUCUCAAUAGAACCCGGCGUUGAAGUCGAAGUGACAAUCGCUUCUUAA